AGCGCGCAUCGCAGCAGCAAACUCCACUUUAAUUCUUCGUAACCAACACACAAUAGUCGACACCGAACUGUCGAUUCGCGAAAGCGACUGUCGAGAGAAGGAACACGGAAGACGCCAAAGGGAAAGUUGACGGAGAAAGAACGCGAGAAGCAAGGAGAACGGAGAAAGAGAGAGAGAGAGAGAGUUUAGGUAACUCCCACCUGUGUGUGUGUGUGGCAGGAGAGCAAGCACGUGGUCCGGCCGUGGUUAAUCCGCGGCGCGGCAGGAUCUAAGCAUCGGUGUUUCUUCCACUUCCACCACGGUCCGGGGUCCACCACCACCGCCCACCCGCGCUCAGUGUUCGUUGGCCGUCUCCGGGUGAAGAAUGCGCGUGAGUUCGCAAAGUCGGUCGCCGUUACCACCACCACAACCACCACCACAACUCUGUGGAACAGUAGUGGCACGGUAAACGAUCGCGAAGGUUGCCGGCACACGCGUUGUGGGGUCCUUCCUCGUGCACAUCGUGUGUGGGUCGAGGUGGAAACACACACAACCCCGCCGAUCCGCGCCUUUUUUCUAAUUUCGUCGGUAAGCACGUGGCGUGUGGUGGUGUAGCGCGUUCGAGGAACUCGGCUGUGGCACACGCGAGAAGAGGCGCGCACACGGACCUCGUCGUCGUCGAAGAGACAACCCUCGAAGCACGAGGGCAUUGGCCGAGAAGAGGGAAGGCGAGAGGCCUUCUGCGCUCAUCGAGGAUGCCGCCGCUUCCUCGUCGUCGGCGACGACGUGGAUGUACGCGCUUCUCGAGGGUGGAUUAUUGGCGGACAGCGGUGGUGUCAUGGGGGACGAUGUCGCGGUGGUGGUCGGCGAUGGCACCCGCGUGAACACCACCCCCCCGCCCCUUUGCCAGGCCCAAGAGAGCCAGCAGGAUCAUCGCCGCCGUUACCCCCGCGAACAGCCGGAGAUAGAAAGGUAUCGGGAGCAGAGGGAGGAGUUGGAGGACCUGUUGUGCUUCCAAAGGGGGCCCGAGCAGGAGAUGGUCGCCCAGGAUAUGGCGCAGAGCUACGCUCACCUCCUCCACCAGCCCCCCCCUGGCCGGGAACACCAGCAGGAAGAGUUUAUCUCGUUGGACGAGCUGCAGUCGAGGAUCCAUCAGGACAAUCGAGGUGGUGGCCAGGUUCCCGCCAUUUUGUCGGCGCCCUACCAGCAACAGCAGCAUCAACAGGGGAGUUACUAUAGUCUCUCGGCUGUUCAAGAAAGUUCGUGUUCCACGGUUUACUUCGGCGACAUAGGUACGGGAUCGGGGGACCACCACCACCACCACCACCACCACAACCAUCAUCAUCAUCAUCAUCAUCAACGAAGCGCCUCCACCACCCCCACCCACGGACCGCCCACCACAGACACCUCGGACGAGUUCGUCGCCGUUUCCAGGAAGCGGAAACUGUCCUGCCACGACGGUAGUGAUUUAUUGGACGACGCGGGAGACGAUGCCAAAUCAGUUCGCACAAACGACGACAGUAAAAAGCAAAAUCACAGCGAGAUCGAGAAAAGGAGAAGGGACAAAAUGAACACGUACAUAACCGAGCUUUCGGCAAUGGUGCCCAUGUGCCACGCCAUGUCCCGCAAACUCGACAAGCUGACCGUGCUCAGGAUGGCUGUCCAACACUUGAAGACCAUUUUGGGCGCCGUCACCUCGUACACGGAGGGCCACUACAAACCAGCUUUCCUCAGCGACCAAGAGCUCAAGACGCUCAUACUUCAAGCUGCGGAGGGUUUUGUCUUCGUGGUGGGCUGUGAUCGUGGAAGAAUUCUUUACGUAUCCGAGUCUGUUUUACAGACACUCAACUAUUCUCAGGGUGACCUGUUGGGUCAAAGUUGGUUCGAUAUCCUGCAUCCAAAAGAUGUAGCCAAGGUAAAGGAACAAUUGUCCUCUUCGGAUCUUAGUCCACGUGAACGAUUAAUAGAUGCCAAAACAAUGUUACCUGUAAAAACGGAUGUGCCCCAAGGUGUAUCGAGAUUGUGCCCUGGUGCACGGAGAUCUUUUUUCUGCAGAAUGAAACGAAAGGUCGAAGGGAUACGUUGCAGUGAGUUACAAGUGAAGGAGGAAUCCGAGUCGGCAAGCGGAUGUCAUCGACGAAAAAAACAACAAAAUGUUGAUUGGAAGUACUGUGUAAUUCAAUGUACUGGAUAUUUAAAGUCGUGGGCGCCCGCAAAAAUCGACCUCGAAGAACAUGAAGGUGAUGGAGACGGAGAGGCUUGCAAUUUAUCGUGUUUGGUAGCAGUUGGUCGGUUACAAUCCACAAUUCCGACAUCUUUACCUAAGAAGCCUCGUUUGAGAUCCAUCAAGUUCGUUUCGCGACAUGCGAUGGAUGGUAAAUUCCUCUUCGUCGACCAAAGGGCUACGUUAGUGUUAGGUUUCCUACCACAAGAGCUACUUGGAACGAGCAUGUACGAAUAUUAUCAUCACGAUGAUAUCCCUCAUUUGGCAGAAUCUCAUAAAGCUGCUCUUCAAGCAUCUGAGAGUGUCACCACACAGAUAUACAGGUUUAGGACUAAAGGUGCAAGCUUUGUAAAGCUUCAAUCCGAAUGGAAAUCUUUCAGAAAUCCAUGGACCAAAGAUAUCGAGUACCUAAUAGCUAAGAACUCUGUCACUUCCAAUGACUCCCGAUCGAAUACAAGUAGUGGGAACAGAUCUGAGGAUUCCAGUGUUCAAGGCAAUUACGACUACUUUGCACAAAGUAACGGCGGAUUAGAAAGAUUGAUCUCGAGUCACGUAGAGGUAAGUAAAAUUGGACGACAAAUAGCUGAAGAAGUUCUGGAUCUUCAAAGACGCGGUGAGGAUUCUUCUUCCGGUAGCAGUCCUGGACCGGAAUCUGCUUUAUUAAAUACGGAGUCACAAAUCACUACAACUGCAUCGCCGGAGAGGGUGCAGGAUGUGGCACAGUCAACCAGAGGCAGCAACAACAGCAGCAGUAAUCCUACACCAACGUACAACCACAUUGCAAACAACUUGCAGCUGAACAGCAUCGCGAACGACCAAGGAGCGUCACCAGACGAAGGACACGAAACUACUUUUUUAACUAAGGAUGUGAUGGAUAUGAUUGGUGGUACCACGAUUAACGAAUCGCCAAAUCCAGUGCCAUCUGAUGGUAACGACGAGGCAGCAAUGGCAGUGAUAAUGAGCCUUCUAGAGGCAGAUGCAGGUUUAGGUGGUCCUGUGGACUUUUCUGGCUUACCUUGGCCGCUUCCAUAGUACAAUUCAAUCCCUCUAUUCGUGUGAACUGAAAUUUCAAGUGUCGAAAAUAACUUAUGCCUAAAUGGAAGUUAGAAGUGUGUGUACAUAAUAGUAUCAAGUGUGUGGACCAAGUUGACGUUCUUUUGAUUUUUCUUGUUUUUAUUUUCAUUGUGCUUGAGUACUUGAUCAAUCUUCAAUUGUGUCUAUGUUCCAAUUUAAUGGAAAGUAGUGCACGAACGUCACCAUGAAUCGUUUUUCAUUUGUUUUGAAGCAGUUGAAAUAUUCUUGGUGCUGAAAUGGUGCUGCUUUAAGGAAUACAUAAAUCGUUGAACAUUUUAGUUUUAUAGACAUAUCAUUUCUGUGAUCAAAAAUGGAAUAUCAAACGUACAGAAUGAUUAAUAUAUACAUACGUAAAUUGAAAUGAACAUCUAUGUUCAUUUUUAUAGAGAGUAUAUAAAUUGAGACUGAUCCAAAAUUAUUUUUUGGUAGCAGUCGACGAGAGAUGAAGCAUCGUAAAUAAUGAUGAUAAUUCAGAAUAAUUCGUAAAUAGAAUUAUAAUUCCCUCUGAAAAUGAAAUCAAUAUUUUUUUAAUAUCAGUCAACAGAUCGUUAAGUGAUUUCCUUUCAUAAUUUGUAAUUAAACGUAUGCUGUUUUACGUUUUUGUACAAAAUUAAAUACGAUUUAAAUAUUGUAAUAAAUUAAUUUUUAUCAUAAUAUCUUAGUCUGAUUUAUUACUAAUUAAAUAGUUAUUUAGAAAUGUCAAUUUCGAAUUUUCGCUCAAGAGUUUCGCGCGAUAAUAUUAGGUCUCCUACCUCAAUUUGUAUUUUAUUGUAAUGUAUCAAUCUACUUCCGCUUAUUUUUCAUUUUCAAUAAAAAAAAAUACACAAAAUCAUUCGGUAAUUCUAGAUUUCAUCGAGACUAUGAAAAUAAUUAUUGCAAAAUUAAUCUAUUUUAACACCUUAAUAAUCAAAUUUUCUGUAUAAAUAAAUUUCAUAACAUUUUUUUAAAAUUUAUGGAUAAAAUUAUUUUCAAUUUAUUUAUACAUAUUAUUUAUACAUCAUUCUAUAAAAAAAAAAAAACUGUAAUGAAAUCUACAAUGAAAUUAUUAUGAAUUUAUUUGAAAAAAAAUAUCUAAUAUUUUUAAAUAAAAUAAUAUUUCACAUAGUUUCGAAGACAUUUAGAAAAGAAUAAAUACCAUACAUCGAUAAUUGCUUCAAAGAAACAAUUACAUAAAUAUUUAUAUGUAUAUAGCAUAUUCAUUGCACAUUGUCCGUUUCGUAAGACGAGAAUUUAGGUUAACUGUACAUACAUGUAUUCGAGAUUUUUUUCACAGUAAUCAAUAUAAAUGUUUUGUCACUAGAU